GUCAAAGGUUUACUGAUGAUGAUAACUUAUCAGUGCGAUGCAUUGGUUGAGAAAUUUAAUGUGACGCCGUUUAUUAUCGGUUUGCUCGGACCUAUCUUCUUACGGUUCGUGUCACUCUCUGGCGUCUUCGAUGAUGGUUGGGCUGAUAAGGCCAUUGAAGACUCCGAGCUUCAAUCAAAUGGAGAAGUAAGGAAUCGAGAGGUAAAGAGGUAUAAAGCAGAAGAACCUCGCAACUUAUACGGUAAAAGAGCAGUAACGAUAUGGUUAAGUCAGCUUAAAAGGGUUCUGCCUGUAUCGACUUCUCUAGCGAUAUCUUUCCUUGCUUGUCACAAAGCUGGAUCACCGGUUCUACCCACGGAUAUAGUGAGAUGGGCGCGAGAAGGAAAGAUUCCGUACCUUUCUUGUUUUCUCAAGAUUCGUAAGCAUAUGGGAGAGCGAUCAGCUGCGUGUCCUGUAUCAGCAAGUGCCAUGUUUAGACCUAUUCAGAUUCUUUCUGCUCAGGGAUUAGAAGCUCGAGCCGCUUCGAUUGCUGACAUUAUUGGUUUGCCUUUACCUCCUGUGAAUUUCUAUGGUAUAGCUUCAAACUAUCUUAAGCGGUUAUCUAUCCCAGAGGAUAACGUUCUUGAACUGGUGUGUCUCAUUAAGAACUGGUCGAUGCCUUCGGGUUUAUAUUUGUCGACGAACAAGCUUAGGCUUCCCACUCGUGUCUAUGUCAUGUCUAUAAUUCUUGUAGCUAUAAGGAUGCUUUAUAAUAUCAAUGGUUUUGGUGUUUGGGAACGGAGUUUGGGUUUUGUUGAAGCUAGUGAAGUAGAUACAGAGUUUUCAGAUGUCACGAAAGAAACUGAAUUUGACAGUGAGGAGCUUUUGAAGAAUCUUGAAAUGAAAUAUUACGAGGUUGCAGCUGAAACAUUUGAGUAUGAAAAGGGUCUCUUGUCAUAUUUAUUACACGGCAAAGACGAGUUCUUUGCUGGUUUAGAAGAAGCAUCAGCUGAUGACAGAUACAGAACUGUUUAUAACUUGUGGAAUAGUUACCCGAAAGACGAGGAUUUUGAACGGUUUCAGACUCCAUCCAAGAGGGGAAGAGAUUGGGAAGAUGAUUUAUCACUUAACCAACUGUCCUUGAACGAUGAUAAGUUGAGGGAUGGAAACAAUCCUUGUAGUAGUUAUUCAAGAGAAAGGGAAACCGAGUCAAUGGAUUGUGAUGAGCCAUCUUUGGAAUGUGUUUCAUCAUCACCACAUAAUCAUAAUCACAAAGAGAAAUCAAAGGAGAGAGUGAUACGAAGACUAAUAACAGACAUGGGGGAGAAUUGGUUCUGUUACAUACCGCCUCGCGAGAAAGUAAAGAGAGGAGACUAUCUUCAAUAUGGGAGGAAAAAAGAUGGUGGAGGAUUGAUAUACGCGGCUCAUGCAGAUUACUAUAUUCUUUUACGGGUUUGCGCUAAGGUCGCUGAGAUUGAUGCGAGGAAUAUGCAUAGAGCUGUGCUGAGCUUCGAGAGAAGAUUGGCUUGGAUUGAGAAAAAGAUAGAUCAUGUUUUGCAGCUAGCUCCACUUUCUAUCCGUAAUAGAGACACAAAGACGCAUUUGGAUGAGCCGAGCCUAGAGAGUAAAUCUUUUUCAGAUUUGGAUGUUUCGAGUUAUUGUAAGGAUAUCCACAUUGAUUUGGCGAGUAGAGAUACUGUCAGUGUCUGAUUGUGAUGA